AUGGAGGAACCCGAGAAAGAACGGUACUUCAAGGAGACGGUGCAGCCCCUGGCAACGGAGCUCGUCUGUGAUGUGCUCCGUGCCAUGCCGGAGGACCCAGAGUCCUUCAUGAUCCAGUGGCUCCGUCAGCGCGCUCCCAACACCAAGUGCCACGCAAUGUCCCUCCGACGGCGGAAUGCAACCCUCAAGGAGGAGCUGUUUGCGCUGCAGGCUGACCAUGCAAGUUGCGACACCAAGGUCGGCGACCCAGACGAAGUCAUUUCUGUGGGCACACUUCGUCACAUCGUCCAAAGGCUUCGAGGCGAUGGUUUCACCGAGGAGGAAUUCCAGGGCAUGUUGCUGCGAGUUCCGUUCGAUAGCCUGGGCCAAGUAAGCUGUCGGGUGCUCACCAGCUGCCUGCAGGACCCCGCUCAGCGCCCUCCCAGAAAUUGCGAGCCAGAGAAGGGGCCCGGAGCAGCAGAGCCAGCUCCCGAGGUUCUCCCAGCCGAGGAGGCGGCUUCAGCCGAGCCCAGCCCCCAGCCGGCUGCGACUCCAGCCGCAGGCAAAGGCAAGGUGGAGGGCCCUCCGGCAAAGGGAAAGACAACGGCGGAAGCUGGUGGAAUUGGUGGAAGCAAUGCCGCUGCGGCGGCAACAGCUUUGCAGGCAGCACCGGCGCCGAAGGAGUACGACCUAGCUGACAAGAGCAAACUGGCAGACUUCCUCGAGGAUGCGGACAUCCGUUUGGAGGGAGGCCCGGGCUCGCGGAGGAUCUCCGAGGAUGCCCUCCGCGUCAUCGUCAGGAACCUCAAAGGCGACCGUUUCACCGUGGAGAUGCUCCAGGGCAUCUUGCAAGAGGUUGAUCCUGAUUGCGAGGGGCUGCUGAGCUGCCGGGACUUGGCACGCUGCCUGCGCCGCGCUGAUCCAGCUUCGGAGCCCGAAGAGUCCAAGCACUACGACCUGGCUCAGAAGAAGGGGCUCGCGGACUUCUUGAAACAUGCGGACAUCCGCUUGGUCCGCGCCGAGUUCAUCCUGAAGCUGCAGCGGGAAGGCCUCACGGCACUCGUGACGCACGAGGAGGUCCAAGCCUGGGCCGAUGGCGAGGCGCUUGAAGGCACCCAGAUAGUCUCGUUGUCUCACUGCUGGGAGUCGAGGGAGCAUUGUGACCCGUACGGAUACCAAGUUGCAAAGCUAGCCACGGCUCUUAAAGGAAAGGAGUGGCUUUUCAUAGACUACGUUUCUCUGUACCAGUUCCAGCGACUUUCCCAGAAGCAGAAUGUCAGCUUCAGGCGUGCGAUGCAGCAUAUGCAUGUGCUGUACUGCCAUGAGAAAUCAAGCACGCUCCGAAUCGAGUCUUUGACGCCGGAAGGAGACAUAGCAGAAGCGGAGAGAAAGCAAGACUGUGUGAUGAUGUAUCACCACCCCAGCGGCCUGGUGAAACCAGUGCCGGUCACUGAAUUGGUUAAGAACCACACACCCUACGCGCAGCGAGGGUGGUGUGCUGCCGAAAGGGAAUGGUCCAGCACAAGGGCAGCCACCAACCUUUCGCGCGAAGUUGAUGCUCCGGAAGGCGAGAAGGGUGGAAGCGCCCCGAUGGUGCCGGAGGCGUUUCGAGAGAACGUAGCACACCAACUUAAAUUCACGCACUUAGAUGACGUAGAGACCGUCUGCAGAUUGCAAGCGGAAGUGUACCAAGAGAAGGCAGAGAUGUGCAAGAGCUUACGCCUGGUAGAUUUGGGUGCAACAGCACUCGACAUCGCGCUGUCGGCUCUGAAGAACUACCCCCAGCUGGAGAGCCUGGAGAUCGUCCAGUGCGAGCUGAGCUCCAAGCUCCCGCUGCUGCUGCAGGUCGCGGAUGGCAAGAAGCUUCGCCGGCUCCACCUGCAGAGCAACGAGCUCGCGGAGGAGGGCAUCCGCCAGAUCUUUGAGGCCUUGGCUUUGCAGCCCAACGGAGCGCUUGCGGCACUGAGCCUCAGCCAUGACUGCAUAGGCGUCGCUGGAGUCGAGGCUUUGGCCGAGGCUCUGCGGACGAGCGCUCUGAUCGAGCUGAGCCUGAGCCACAUGUGCCUGGACAGCGAUGGGGUCGGCGCUCUCGCAGAGGCCAUCAAGCAGACUCCGAUGCAGAAGAAGUUGAGCCUGGCGGGAGAAAAGCUGGCAGAGGAGGAUUCUUUCGCCCUGCUUGAGGCGCUCCGGGUAAGCGGGGUCCAGCUCGAUCUGGCGGACAGCGAUUUGAGCGAUGCGGCUAUGGCAAUGGCCAGGGCUGUCCGGACCAGCCAGGUGAAGGGCCAGGUCACCCAUCCGGUUGUGGACUUUUUGGUCGAGUUGGAGGACGAAAAGUUCAAAGAUCUCGAGGAAAAGCAAACGCUCGUAGUCGGAAGCUUCCAAGAGCUCUUGGAGCCGCUCCACCAAACACUGACGGGCCUUCCGCUCAGAGAGCUGAAGCUCGACGACCUCCCCGAGCGCAUCGGCCCGGGCACUGGCCGCGGCCCUGCAGGGCCAAACAGACCUGGAGCACCUGGAGUUGGACCUGCAUUUCCACUCCCUGGGCGAGGAGGGGGCAAAGGCCCUGGCCUCCGCCUUCGCAGAGCUGACGAAGCUGCAGACACUCUGGUUGGACCUGAGCGAGAAUAA